AUGGCGACAGUUAUCCUCGGCGGCGGCAUUAUCGGCCUUUCGAUCGCACACUGUCUUUCUCUUGAACGUCCGCCCUCUGCACCAGGCAACCCACACAUCCACAUCCUAGACUCCUCGCACUCCCUCCUCCUCUCCGCCUCCGGAUUCGCUGGAGGCUUCCUCGCGGAAGACUGGAUGAGUCCCGCUUCAGCAUCCCUCGCCGCCCUUUCAUUCCGGCUCCACCGGGAGCUUGCUUUGCAGCACGAGGGCCAGAGGCGCUGGGGCUACGCUGGCAGCCAGGUCUACUCGCUCAGCAUCGACGGCACUGGAGUUGUCAACCGCAAGAGGGGCCAGUCGCAGGAUUGGAUCUCCUCUGGUACCAGCCGUGCGAACGCUGCACCAGAUCUUCCCCCCUCCACCUCCUCGUCGGGGGACCCGCCCAACUCGACUGGCUCUCAAGUCGAGACUUUUAACCCAGAUGGCUCCCCGGCCUGCUUCACAGCCCAGCCCGGCGGCACUCUGUCCACAAUCGGUAUGCCCUCCGACUGUGCUCAAAUCCACCCCCGGAGCCUCUGCUCCUUCCUCCUCGCGCAGUGCCAGUCCCGCGGCGUGCAGCUACACCUCUCCGCCACCCCAACUUCCAUCGUUACCGACAAUGACAGCAGCACCCUCACCGGCCUCCACUACACGUCUCCGACCACCGAAGGGACCACGUCUCUCGAUUGCAGCAAUCUCGUUUUGGCAGCCGGGCCUUGGACCCCCUCCCUCUUCGCCACUCUCUUCCCACACGCCUCCACCCGAAUCCCCAUCUAUCCCCUUGCAGGCCACAGCGUCCUUGCCAAGUCACCACGCUACGUUGCCCCGUUUCCCCUCUCUCGCAACGAAGGCCCACCUUCCUCCAAAAACAAAUCCGGCGAGCAGCAGCAGCAGCACAUCUGCUAUGCCGUCUACUGUUCACCCACGCCAGCCUCCUUUAUAGGCCACGCCUGGACCUACGCACCCGAAGCGUUCGCGCGCCUGUCCCCCGAUGGCCAGACGGAGAUCUGGGUCGGCGGGCUGAACGAGCCGGACCUGGCGCUGCCGCCGCGUGCGGAGGAUGUGAAGCCUUUGCUGGCGAAGGGUAAAGGGUAUGAGGCGGCGAAGAGGGAGAUGAGGGGAUGUGCGGUGCAGUUGUGCGGAAGGGCGAUGGGGGACGGAGGACAGCAGGGUGAUUUAGGGGGGAGGAAUGAGGAUGAUUUGAGGGAUGUGAGUGAGGGGUUGUGCUUUAGGCCGGUGAGUGAGACGGGAGUGCCGGUGGUGGGGAGGGUAGGGAAUGAGAUGUUGGGAGGGGUUAAGACUGCUGGAGAGAAGGGAAAAGGGAUGGGCGGUGUGUUCGUGGCGAGUGGGCAUGGGCCUUGGGGGAUAAGUCUGAGUCUGGGAACCGGAAAGGUGGUCAGUGAGAUGGUUCUGGGGGAGACUUUGAGUGCUGAUGUAUCGAGGUUGGCCCUGGGGUGA